UACAUGAUGAUUCAGGUCAGUUUCAUAUUUAGUUUAUGUAUGUGUUUAUUAAGGCGCUUGCCAAGUCCUCCAGUUUCAUGGAAAUUACCCAAAACUUAGACAUUAGCUUCAAUCAAACCUGCAUUGCAGUUUUCACUCAGUCCUUUUACCUACCAUGGUCAAAUAAACUCACAGACUCGUCUUGGAUACUGUAUUAACAACCACAACCAAACAAAGGACGGUUGUAACGUCCUUGUCACGUAAGUGGUUUUCCCAAUCACCAUCACUCUCUGUUCACAACUAAAUAAUUGGAAAAAAGUGUGCAGUGCUGGUAUUUGUCCUGUUCCACAAUAGCUUUAUGAACCUCGUACCUAUCUCCAUUAUCAUUGUUAUCGUCAUCAUCCACCAACAGCUGCCAGCUAAAGGCUGUACUCUUUCCAACUGACACAGAGUUUUAUAACCCAAUGUUAUAAAUGUACCUCACAAGGGUACAAUGUACAACUUCCCUGGCAGGGAGUAGAUGAGAAGCCUUCUACUUGGGUUAUUAUGGGAACAUUUGACAGUGGGAGGAUUGUAAUGGAGAAAAGUUGAAAGCUUGUUUCUGCUUUGCCUCUGCCACCUUUAACAAGGGACCACUCCUGGGAGAAAUCUUGGUUAACUGCUUUCUUCAGGGACAGAACAACACACUAUUUUAGAUUUACUGGCUUGGGGAUUAGAACCAGUGACAUUCCAUUCACUGGCCCAACAGCUACAAUACGUUUCUACUGAGAUUCUGUGGUCCACUGAACGGAAAGAGCUGCAAGAGGGCUUUCAACUAUACAGGAGUAAUGUCUUUCCAUUCAACUAUACAGGAAUAUUGUUGUCUUUCCAUUCAACUAUACAGGAAUAUUGUUGUCUUUCCAUUCAAUUAUACAGGGGAGUAAAGUUGUCUUACUCAGGUGAACUAAGUGGAGUAUCAUGUGGCUCUGGGCGUUGCUUCCCAUCUGCUUGGCAGUGUUUGGUUGUGUGUCCAUAUGGGUGAUAUUUGGUGUGGCAGUAUCGAAUGAGACAGUUAACAUCACUGUUCAUUUCCCCUUUAUCAGUGAAUGUGGCUCGUACAAUCCUCAGAGCUGCAUCUUUGCACAAAUCUGCAACAUCUGUGCUUUCUUGGCCCUGUGGAUCGUGGUGAUCCGGUUUCAGCAGGUCAGAGACUACGGUCACAACAGCAGGGUGAACAUCGCCAGUAUCAUCCUGGGCUUCAUCUCCUGCCUGGGCAUCUCCCUCAUCGGAAACUUCCAGCAAUCUGUAAUGAAGGAGGUCCACUUAUUGGGCGCGUUCCUGGCCUUUUUUGUGGGCCUGGCUUAUUUCUGGCUGCAGGCGUGGCUUUGCUACAGAGCCCCGCCCUCAGACGACCAUCGCUGGGUUGGAGGUCUUCGCCUAACCUUCUGUAGCAUCAGCACCAUCCUGGACAUCGCCAUGGUCACUCUCCAUAACACCGGCUAUAAAUCUGGAGCAGCCAUUUCUGAGUGGGCCUUGGUCAUGUCUUUCUUCGUCCUGUUUGGUAUCUUUGGGUGCGAGUUCCGUCACAUCGACUGUCACCAGCUCACAGUGCAGAAACGAGGUCUGAAGACACUGAGCACCAAUGGAGGAGAUAUCAGAAUAUGAUGUUUCACAGUGUACUCAAUAACCACAGAUUUCCUGUUUAUAGCUAAGCUUCCAAACACAAACAUACACUGACUUUUGUGUUAGCGAUAUUUAUUUAGGCCGACCAACAUAACAUAAAGUACUGAGAAAAUGAAUCUAUUGCCUUAAAAGCAGUUUUAAUAUUAAUCACAUAUUCUUAGUCAGAUGAAGUCAAAGAUCUCCUUAGUUACACCAGCUACAAAACAAAAUCAUUGAAUAAAUCAAGUACCUAACAAAAGUAUACCCAAGAUUGACAGACAAUUCACAUCGCCCAGAGCUUAAUUACAUCCCAUUUCCACAAGUCUGGAUUUACUUUCCUUCUGUUUUCUAGAAGCAAAUAAAUUCAGAAACUAAUGAUUUGGGCAGCGUACUGAAACACUGUUACAAUACUGUCAUAUUGUUCUUAACUUUGAUAUGGUUUAAAUUGGUCCAAGAAGAAACCAUCACUGACUCAAUUGCUAGUGAAAUACCCAUCACCUUCAGGUUAGCACAAUCAGGAAAUCUUCUAGUAACACAUCAUAGCCAAAUUGCCUGAUCACAGCAAUUCUCUGAGUAAACCUUAAGUACAUUACACACAGAGUUGUGCUAAAAGUCUUAGGCUACCUAAUAACAUUUUUAAAAGUGUUUAUUUGCUUGCAAAACUAGAGGUCCCUUCCUCAAGAAAUAGAAGGAAAUCCAGUGAAGUGCUUGCUCAUUAUCUGACAGAGUUAUUUUGCAACGAGACAUACACUUCUUACUUGAGAGAAAGUCUUAAACACUAUGAAAUUGUCAUCAAAUUAGCCUGUAUCAAAUCAUUGUGGAAGACAGAACUUGUUAGGUCCUUGUCUGUUGGUUGCAGAUCACCUAUUAUGUGGAAGAGGAACUGAACCAAAGCAAGUUGUUAAAAAUAAAAAGUAAGAUAACCAUGACAAGAUUACAAAGUGGAGUAAUGCAUAGAAAUAGGAUGUACCGGAUGGACAAAUAAAUGACCUGCCCCAGGGGACGGAUCUGGUUUGCUGCAAAGGAACGUGGUACAUAACUAAAUGGCUGGCUGAGUCCACCGUAGAGUCCUUGUCACAUAUCUAGACAAUGGAACAUUAAUAUUAAGUGCAAACACAUAUCCCAAUAAAAAUACUAUAUACAGAAGAUAUACAAAAAGAUCAUUGUAUAGCGGUUAAGGGCAGGUUGUGGAAGAUUUUGUAAAAGUCUCAUUACUGUUUUGGUUAUUUUUCAUAUCAAAUGUAAUCUUACAUUUGUAAAUCAUAUUUUGCUAGGAAUCCUAAACUGUAUUUCGCUGUAAUACACUUCUGUCUCGCACUGAGGUUGUACACUGAUGUACACGUUGCUUGUAAUAAAUCAUCUUGAGUAGAUUUUA